AAUUAGUAGGAUGUAACUCAACGAGAACACGCCGACAGUGAGCCUGAAAGAUGGAGCGCGGAUGCUUCGCCUAUGCGGACACAGACUCAAGUGCUCCAGUAGGAGCCGUAGUGUGUGUGUGUGUGUGUGUGUGUGUGUGUGUGUGCAGGUCUGCUCAUGCGCCCAUGAAGAGAUGCUGCUGCUGAGGAUCAGAGGUGUGUGCGCUGCGGCGGGCUUAUUUACACCCGUUCAGGCACACUGCAUCAAAGAAAAGCUCUGGCGCUCCUUAGGAAAUGGACUUUCUAAAGGGAUUCAUGUGUCUUUGCGGUAAUACAUCUCAAGCUCUAAAUUUGCCUCAUCAGUCCCACAGGCUGUUCCUCCAAACAGUGUGGAAAGGAUUUAAACAGCCACAUUAUUGAAGAGGAUUUUCUGACUUAUGCAACAUCCACAUUCUAACUGCAUGUCAGAAAUGCCCCCUUCCAUCAAGUGGUGCAUUAGGCGGGCUGUCUGCUUGUCCUUUAUUCUUGCACUGAUCCCCAGGACCAGAGGAUCGACACUGAAUUGUCACAAAAUGUGCAUAUGCGCCAGUAACAUUGUCAGCUGCUCCAAGAUGAACCUGACGAUGGUUCCAUCCGACCUGCCUAACUACACAGCUGUGCUUGACAUUAGUUUUAAUGACAUAACCGGACUACGCGCACAAUGGACCAAGCACAAACUCCCCAAACUCCACAACCUCUUGCUCAGCCACAAUGGUUUGUCGUUCCUCUCUUCGGAGGCGUUCGUUUUCGUAAAGCAACUGCGCUUCUUGGAUCUGUCGUCAAAUAAUCUGCGACAGCUAGACGAGUUUAUUUUCGAGCCACUGACACUUCUGGAGGUUUUGCUGCUCUACAACAAUCACAUCUCGCAGAUCGACCGCACGGCCUUCACGGGCCUCAACAGCCUGCAGAAGCUCUACCUGAGCCAGAACCUGGUGUCCCGCUUCCCCCUGGAGCUCCUCAAGGACAAGAGCCGACUGGACAAGCUGAGCCUGUUGGACUUGUCUUCCAAUCGGAUCAAAGUUCUCCCCAUUCAUGACCUCCAGGCACUGCCGGCCUGGAUCAAGAACGGGCUGUACUUCCACAACAACUCCCUCAUCUGCGACUGUGAGCUGUACAGUUUGAUGGCUCACUGGUAUAUCCGACGACUCAAUUCGGCUCUAGACUUCAAGGACGACCACACCUGUGUGCAUCCCGGCCCGGAUAAACGGGUGCUGCGUUUGUACGAUCUCAACACUCAUAUGAAUUGCAGCACGUUUAAAGAAACUGACGAAGAAGCUUAUUUGGACCAGACACUCAACCUUAGCUGUGACACCCGGCAUCGGAACAUGUUAAAGACAUGGAUGCUACCCGGAAACAUCUUGUUAUCUUCUGGCAAUAACCACAGCGCUGUGGUUCACUCAGACGGCAACCUUGAGAUUAAAUCAAUCCGACCUGAGGACUCAGGUGUGUACACUUGCUUCGCCGUGAGUGAAUACCUCAACGAAACGCUCUACGUGGUGGUCAAAGUCCACAACUUUACCCUCAAUGGCAAUGGCGACUCCCUCAACACUGCUUACACCACCUUGGUGGGUUGCCUGGCUAGCGUGGUCCUGGUUCUUAUCUAUCUGUACCUGACGCCCUGUCGCUGCUUCUGCUGUCCCGACCAGGGCAAAUCGAAGAACCAUCAUGAAGACAGCAUCCACUCCUCCAUGCUCAGCGCCACCCCAACGCACGACGAUAUGGCAACCAAAGCAGAGCUCAACAGGCACGUGGCCUUCAUAGACCCCAAGGACCUGCAGGGACAGAACGGAAAAGUGAAUCCUAAUGGAGAGGAAGAAGUAGAUGAGGAGGCCAUGCAGGGAAAAGGAAAGCGGAAGAAAUCAGUGGCAGACUCAAUUAGUUCUGUCUUUUCUGAUACUCCCAUUGUAGUCUGAGGCAGGAUGUGUAUUUUUGGCUGGAGACAGUUCAUUGUUGUGACUUUCUCGGACAAAGAGACUGAAGUACAGUUUGCCAUCCUCAGUGUUUGGCUGUUUCUGCAAAACCUUUCCAGCAUUUUAAUCUGUAGCACUUAAGUAUAUACUGUGAAAAGGUCUUGCCAUAUUAGUGGAAUCUAAACUUGGAGUGUUUAGAUUUGAGUUUAGGCCGACUAAGUGUGACUAGAGGUAGUCUGGGUAAACAUCACAUGCAAUCUGCAAUUUCUCAAUGAUCAAGCUAGGAAAGCUAGGUUGAGAAACAUUAAUACAUCCACUAUAUAAUCACAUCAUAAGCAUGAGCUUUGCAGACUGCUAAUGUUAAGAAGAAUAUAGCAUAGAAUGAAGCCCUUGUAGCUAAUCAUAUUUACCACCUUUAUGCUAACUGACCGACCUUACCACUUUAUGUAAAGCCAUAUGCCGUUGAUCAUUGCAGGGGGAAAGCAAUGCACUUUUGCAUUUGAUAGUACAGCCACAAGAAAAUGAUGGAAAAGUAUCUGUCUCUAUGGCACAUUGCUAGUUUUUUUGUGAAUGAAAGAGUUGAACAGUGAACUGAGUGACUGUGUAACACGCAUAUGAUGAUGCUUAUAUAAUUACCAAUUACUGAUAUAUGGCUAUGGAAAAAUAAAAUCCUUGUCAAACUGGAUUGGCUGGUUGAAUCUAGACUCUUUCCGUCCAAUUUCGUUAGAUAGAUAUAUAUAAUUGUCUUUACAUUUAAUUGCUUGAUUCCAAUCACAAAAUUGUAACUUUACAUAGAGUUCCAUCUAUAUCAAACUGUAUGUAAACACAGCACCAAAAGAUUGUAAUUUUGGCUAACUCUCGCAUAAAAUGCAGAAUCUGUCACGACACCCAGAGAAUGACAUAAAAUGCAAUCUUUUAAUAGAAUGGUGUUUCCCAUCUGCUUGCAUUCUCAUCUCUAAAGCUAUAAUGAUUUGAGCCUGGAUUGAUCAGCCAAAACAGUUUCGGACACUCAGA